AUAAUUUUGGUUUAUAUUGUUUCAUAUUUUGUUUCUCUUUAUACUAUUAUUUUCUCCUCCCAUUUUCAAAACAAAACAUAAAGUAAUUGGAUAGUUAAUCCAAACAGAUAGGGCAGUGCAAGGCCGGGCUGAUAGAGCAUCCUCGAUAAUAUCUAUCUAUCUAUCAAUCCAUUCAUCCAUCCAUCCAGAGCACUGGAGCGGAGGAGUGGGGUGGGUGUUGACGGACGAUGGCAAUGGCGGCUGCAACAACAGCACUAUUAUCACUGUUAAAUGUUCCAGAAAGAGACGGAAUCAGCAGAGCUUUGAACCCUAACAUUCAGUUCGUAGGGUUUGGUAGGCGCGUGAAGAUGAUGAAUGUUUGUUGUCCUGCUGCUCCUCCUGCAUUAACAAAAACAAGAGCGGAUUCGGUAGUAGUGAGGGCCAGUGGUAGUGGUGGUUUUUCUUCAGAAUCAGAGGAAGCAGCAGGAGCUGGUCUACAGUCAAAAGUGACUCACAAAGUAUACUUUGAUAUCAGUAUUGGAAACCCAGUUGGGAAGCUUGCUGGAAGGAUUGUCAUUGGACUCUUCGGUGACGAUGUGCCCCAAACUGCUGAGAACUUCCGUGCCCUUUGUACCGGUAAGAAGGGCUUUGGUUACAAGGGCUCCACCUUCCAUCGUGUCAUCAAGGAUUUCAUGAUUCAAGGAGGAGACUUUGACAAAGGAAAUGGAACUGGAGGCAAAAGUAUAUAUGGCCGUACUUUUAAAGAUGAGAAUUUUAAAUUGUCUCAUACUGGACCUGGAGUUGUUAGCAUGGCAAAUGCAGGUCCAAACACAAACGGGAGCCAGUUUUUCAUUUGCACUGUCAAGACACCAUGGCUGGAUCAGAGGCAUGUUGUAUUUGGCCAAGUUUUGGAAGGCAUCGACAUUGUUAGGUUGAUUGAGUCACAGGAAACAGAUCGUGGUGACCGUCCUAGAAAGAGAGUGGUUAUCAUUGACUCUGGUGAGCUUCCAAUUGCUUAAAGUUGUUCUCAUGUAUUUUUUGGGUCCUGACUUCUAGUGUUUCUUCCUAUUGAGGAGGGGGGUAUACGCAACUCCUGCUUUCUGGAAUUUUUUGUUUGACUAUUCCAAGACGAGUUCUGUCCAUUUUCUUUUCAUACUGAACCUAUAAACUUUAAGCAUCUAUUGUAUUCUAGUAGCAUUAUAGUUUGAGUUGGUGCCAGCUUGAAUCUGAAUGGUAUCAUUUGGCUAAAGAGUUGUUUUUGUGUGGAAUUUAAUGGUGAAGGAAUUCCAGGAGUCUUUUACAAAUUUAAUAAUAAAAUAUUGAGUAUCAUUGCAA